AUUCGAUUACUUCUGAAGUUCGGUCAUGAAGAAUACAAGUGUUAAUUAUUUAAUUUUAAAUUAAAAACAAUUCAAUCGAUUGAUUUGGCUGAAAGUGUAAAUUUUGCUUAUAGUACACAUUUACAUAUUUCAAUGUUCUACUUUAGUUAUUUAUAAAUAUUUAUUGACAUUUAUAUAAAUUAUGAAAUAAAACAAAUUUAAAAGUGCGUUGCAUAUUUUGUUUUGUGGUUUCGGUUUUAUUUUCUUUGUGUCGUUCGGACACUGGAUACAUUUUAAAGUUAGAAUCUUUUCUUCCAGGAAUCCUCUUAGAAUAAACAAAAAUGCUUUACUGUCCACCCAACGUUACCCUUUCCCAAGUGUGGGUCAACCAUGGCAUAUCCCAUUGCUUUAUGGACACAGUUGGUUCGUCUGUUGUUGCUGGUUUUAUCCUUCUCUUUGGCACUAUACAACUAAUUAUGUAUAAAAAAUAUGCAACCAGGAUAACAGAUCUAAGUCAGAUAUCAAAAUCACGUCUCUACGGACUACAGUUGUUCCUAUUGGCUUUCUUUCCAUUACUUUUCGUUAUUCGAUUUUUAUUGAUGUACUAUGUUUAUGAUAAGGGAGAAAUAUAUGGAUAUAUGAUUCUAACUGUUGCCCUAACCUGUUUUGCCUAUCCUUACUCAAUUUGUUUGGUUAUAAAAGAAAGAUUUUAUCAACUUCCCUCAGUGCCGACACGAGGACAUGGAUUAGUUUUGCUACUAUUCUGGACACUUGGAUUUAUUAAUGAAAAUUUGGCUUUCGUAAACUUGCGUCAAGAAGAUUGGUGGUUUAGCCUAAAGAGUACAAAGGAUAAAGUCGAGAUGGGAUUAUUUGGAUGCCGCUACAUAUUUUCUUUAUUAAUAUUCGUUCUUGGCCUCAAGGCUCCUGGUCUAUCAUGGCCUUACCAUCGUGAUGGCAAUGAACGCGAAGAGCUUGUGAACCCAGAUAUAAGCCGUUCAGCCUUUCACAAUGCAUGGAAAAAGCUAUGUCGACUAUUUCCUUAUCUCUGGCCUAAAAAAGAUACCUGGCUCCAGAUUGCUGUAGUAAUCUGUAUUACUUUAUUGAUAGCAGGACGAGUGAUAAGAUUGUUCCUUCCAAUAUAUCGCAAAAAACUUGUUGACAGCUUAACAGAAGAACCUAUCUCAUUUCGAUGGGACUUUGUGCUUAUAUUUGUGGGAUUGUCAUUUUUACAAGGCGGAGGAACUGGAACAAUGGGUCUGCUGAACAAUUUACGUUCGUUUUUGUGGAUUCGAGUUCAGCAAUACACAACCCGAGAAAUAGAAGUGGAUCUGUUUAGACACUUGCAUAAUUUAUCCUUGCGUUGGCAUUUACAAAGAAAAACCGGAGAAGUGCUUCGUGUGAUGGACCGAGGAACUGAUUCAAUAAAUAAUCUUUUAAAUUAUAUUAUCUUCUCCAUCGCUCCAACGAUUAUUGAUAUUAUUGUAGCUGUAGUUUUCUUUGUGUAUGCAUUCAAUUGGUAUUUCGGUUUGAUUGUGUUCCUUACAAUGUUUCUAUAUAUAAUGUGUACCAUAGCUAUAACGGAAUGGCGAACAAAAUUCCAGAGGCAAAUGAAUCAAGCUGACAACGAACAACGUGCACGUAGCGUUGAUUCUUUGUUAAAUUUUGAAACUGUUAAAUAUUAUGGUGCAGAGCAAUAUGAAGUUGAUGCUUAUAGAGAAGCAAUUUUGAAAUAUCAGAAAGAAGAAUUCCGUUCAUUAUUGACUCUAAACAUUUUGAAUACAUCGCAAAACAUCAUCCUAUGCAUGGGCCUUCUAACUGGCUCCCUACUCUGUGUUUAUCUCGUAGCCAAUCAUAAAAUACUUACUGUUGGUGACUAUGUUCUCUUCUUCACAUACCUCAUGGAUUUAUACAUGCCAUUGAAUUGGUUCGGAACAUAUUAUCGUGCUAUUCAAAAGAAUUUUGUCGAUAUGGAAAAUAUGUUUGAUUUGCUGAAAGAAGAAGAAGAAGUAUUUGAUGCUCCUGGAGCAUCAAGUCUCCUUUGUUCAGGUGGUAAAAUUGAAUUCUCCAAUGUAACAUUUGGUUAUAGCCCUGAAAAAAUUGUCCUUCGCAAUGUUAGUUUCACUGUUAAUUCGGGCAAAACUGUUGCAAUUGUGGGUCCAUCUGGUGCUGGUAAAAGUACUAUUGUUCGGUUACUCUUCCGUUUCUAUGAUGUGAUGCAAGGAGGUAUUCUUGUUGAUGGACAAAACAUUAAGCUCGUGAAACAAAGCACAUUACGUCAGUGUAUUGGAGUUGUGCCCCAAGAUACAGUUCUAUUCAAUAAUACCAUAUUCUACAAUAUUGAGUAUGGAAAAAUUGGUUCAUCGGCUGAUGAAGUUUUUGAGGCAGCACGCAACGCUGACAUGCAUGAACGUAUCCUAUCGUUCCCAGAUCGAUAUGAUACAAAAGUUGGAGAACGGGGGCUACGUUUGAGUGGUGGCGAGAAACAAAGAGUAGCUAUUGCAAGAACGUUACUCAAGGCUCCUGUAAUUGUACUUCUCGAUGAAGCUACUAGCGCUUUAGAUACACACACUGAACGGAAUAUUCAGGCAGCGCUAUCUAGAGUCUGUGCAAACAGAACAACUAUAAUAAUAGCACAUCGGCUAUCAACGGUUAUUCAUGCUGAUGAAAUACUUGUGCUUCAAGAUGGCGGCAUUGUUGAACGAGGUCGUCACGAUGAUUUGGUGCAACGCAAUGGUGUAUAUGCUGGAAUGUGGAAUCAGCAAUUACAAAACUUGGACGCUGCAACAACUAGUAGUGAUAGUGAGACUGACAAAACGGAUGGUGUUUCCAAGAUUACCACCACUGGGGGAUCAGUUGUAAAAGCUGGGCAUGGUCAUAGCCAUGGUAAAAAUUAGUUAAAAAAAAUAAACGUCUUUAGACGUUGAGAACUUAUUUUAGAAAAUUAAAUUAUAAAAUGCAUGGAAAUAUUUAAAUAAGAAUGAAAGGGCAGCUAGUUUUGAUAGGUUAUUGUGUAAAAUAUAAAAAAACUUAUUUUGUUUUGAAACCGAUAGGUUUGCGUUAUUGUGUGAGAGAGCUGACUUUAAAUUAAAAAAAUAUUUUUAAUAUCGAA